GACUUUUCUCUAGUGAUAUUCUAUCCCAAAAAGCUAAUCCCAAACACAAAGAGGCAAAGCCACCCCCGGCUCCCAGCCACACGUGAUUCCUCUUCCCACCUUUCCCUUUCCUUGGUCCCCUGCGGUCCAGCCUUUGCUCUGCUCAUCCAUGGAGACAAACCACUAGCCCCCAAAUCUCCUAAAUCUUUCUAGUUGCUCUCUCAUGUAGCUGCUGCAGCGCCGCCGGCCGGCUGGACGGCUCAUCUUUCUUCAAGCAGCUGCAAGCACACAAGAGGGUAAUCGGUUGUCUCCAUGGCCAAAAAUAAAAGAAAGCUUGCAACACUGCAUUCUUUUUUUGAGAAGAAAAGAAGAACUGAUGUUCCACAACAAAUUAAUUUGGUUGAUGCCCCUCCCUUGGUAGAUGCAAAAGAACAAGUGGAUGAACAAGAACAAGUAGAAGAAACUCCAAUAUCAAUAACACCACCUCAGGUUGUGAGAGGGAGAGGCAAUGAUGAUUCUGCUAUUUUGGUGGUAGAAAGAGAACCAGGUCUGCGGUGCCAAAUUUCACAUUAUCCUCCUAACGAUAAAGAAAAAACUUGAAUGGCAUAUAUAAAGCAUGGGGCAUAUCAUUUUAAAAUGGAUGAGUAUCCUCCCGAUGAGUCGGUGACCCAUCCACGCAAGUUUCAGUAUUAUUGGUUUAAGAGCUUCCCUUGGUUAGAAUAUUCACCGGAUAAAGAUGCAGUCUACUGUUUUCCAUGCUUUUUAUUUUGUAAGAAGCCACUUGGAAAGAAAGGAUCUGAUGUGUUUACAGUGAAAGGAUUCAAAAAAUGGAAGAGAGUUAAUGACGGAGAGAGAUGUGCAUUCUUAACUCACAUGGGAAAGGACAGUAAAUCUGCUCAUAAUUAUGCUGCAAAAUGUUAUGAUAAUCUGAAGAAUAAGCCAUGUCAUAUGGAACCAUUAGUGGUGAAGCAAACAGAUGGGGAUAUCAGAAGGAAUAGGCUGCGGCUUAGAGUAACCUUUGAUUCACUACGGUGGUUAGCAUUCCAAGCUUGCCCCUUCCGAGGACAUGAUGAAAGUCUUGAUUCGAAGAACCAAGGUAAUUUCCUUGAAAUGGUGAAACUGAUAGCUUCUUAUGAUGAGGAAAUUGGUGCUGUAGUGUUGGGUAAUGCUCCAGGCAAUGCUAAGUACACAUCGCCUACAAUUCAAAAAGAACUUCUAGGUAUCAUUGCUUCUAAGGUGCAAAGUGAAAUCCGUAAAGAAAUAGGAGAUGCUAAGUUAUGCUUGCUUGUUGACGAGUCAAGAGAUGAAUCCAAAAGAGAGCAAAUGGCAGUAGUUAUUCGUUUUGUUGAUAAACCUGGUUUCACUCGUGAGCGUUUUCUUGAUAUUGUUCAUGUUGCUGAUACAUCUUCGGCUACACUAAAAGAAGAGAUAUCUUCUGUUUUGGUUCAACAUCAGUUAGAUGUGAACAAUAUUCGCGGCCAAGGAUACGAUGGUGCUAGUAACAUGCGUGGAGAGUGGAAUGGACUACAAGCAAAGUUCAUGGAGGAGUGUCCUUAUGCAUAUUAUAUCCACUGUUUUGCUCAUCAGUUGCAGCUAGCUCUUGUUGCUGCAUCAAAAGAAGUAGCCGAUGUUCACAACUUUUUUGAUCAUCUUGCUCUUGUUAUCAAUACGGUUGUGUCUUCUAGUAAGAGACAUGAUGAGUUGCAAGCAAAUCAAGUUGCGGAAAUGGAGCAUUUGAUUGAGCUCGGUGAGCUUGAAACUGAAAGUGGGGCUAAUCAAGUCGGAACUUUACAACGGCCUUGUGAUACUAGGUGGAGUUCACACUAUGCUUCUGUUUGCAGCCUUGUGAAAUUGUACAAACCAACAUUUUUGGUACAUAAAAGCAUUGCAACUGCUAAAGGAUCUGGUACUUCACCUUCCGCACGAGCAAAGGCUUCUGGUGCUGUUAAUUUGAUGAUGUCUUUUGACUUCAUAUUUAUUCUGCAUGUCAUAAAGAACUUAUGGGAAUCACGGACAUGCUAUGCAAAAAGUUGCAACAAAAGUCUCAAGAUAUUGUGAAUGCCAUGGAUGAUGUUAAGACUACCAAAAUGUUGAUCCAGGAGCUAAGAGAUAAUGGUUGGAACAAGCUUCAAGCUGACGUGCUUUCAUUCUGUGCCAAACAUGGAGUUCAAACACCACAUUUCAGUGAGUUAUAUGUGGAUUUCGUUAAUUCUCGUGCGGAGGAUGAGACUACAGUUGAGCACCAUUCUUUUCAUGGUUGCUGUUGAUCAGUAAGCACAAGAGCUGAAUUGUAGAUUCAACAAACAAGCUACAGAGCUUCUCAUCCUGUGUACUUCCUUGGACCCAAAAGAUUCAUUUCGUUCAUUUAACAUUGAUAAUAUAUGUUCUCUGGCUUCAAAGUUCUAUCCUGCUGAUUUUAAAGAACAAGAAAUGAAUAAUCUAAGAUGUCAGUUACGACAUACGAGAAUGUUGUACCCACAAGCCCAAAGUUUCAGAAUUUGACAACUAUAUCAGAACUUUGUCAACGACUUGCAUCUAGUGGAAAAUCAGAUGAAUAUUACUUGAUUGACAGACUCAUUCGGCUUGUUCUUACUUUACCGAUUUCAACGGCAACGACAGAACAUGCAUUUUCUGCCAUGAAACUUGUGAAGACAAGGCUUCGGGAUAAAAUGGAAGAUGAAUUUCUAAGGGACUGCUUGCUAAUUUAUAUUGAAAAGGAGAUUGCUGUUGGAAUAUCAACAGAUGCAAUUAUAGAUGAGUCCGCUGAACCACCACGUCGAGUGCCAUUUAGUUGAAGGCCUGGAGCAAGUUAGUUUCUCUAUCUUCUAUUAUCUAGAAUUUUCUUUUGUGUGAUGUACCAUUGAAAAAUUGCAUAUCUUCUUGUAUCAACGGUGAAUGAUGGUGUAAUCAAUGAAAAAUAUUAUGCUAUUA